AUGUCCGAUGGCUCCCAUUCUCCUUCUCACUCCGACGUUCUUACUCCUGAUGAUGAAAGUACUGAUACAAUGAGCGACAAUCCCCAGCUCUCGCCUGAGCAGUCUGUCUCGCCAAAAGUUGCGAAACGUGUGGAAUUUCUCGAAGAACUUCAGAAAGAAUUUGAAGCGGUGCAGGCUGAGUUUUUUGAGGAGCGAUCACAGUUGAUGGCUAAAUACGAGAAGCUUUAUGAGCCAAUUUUCAACAAAAGGUAUGAGAUUGUGAAUGGUAUCAAAGACGUAGAAGAUACAGAUGAAGCAGACCAAGUCACGGAGGAGAAUUCAGAGAAAGGAAUACCUAAAUUCUGGUUAACUGCUAUGAAGGCCAAUGAGAAACUGGCUGAACUGAUAACUGAAGAUGAUGAGGGGGCCCUCCAAUAUCUUGAAGAUAUAAAGUGUAGACUUGAGGAUUCUAAAGCCUUCAAGCUGGGGUUUUUCUUUUCUGCUAAUCCUUAUUUCAGAAACUCUGUGCUAGAAAAAACAUAUAUGGUUGACAAGGUUGGGUCUGUGUCAGUAAAAGCCGAAGGGACGGAGAUUGAGUGGCUUCCAGGAAAGUGCCUGACAGUUAAGGUUCUUCAGAUGAUGCCAAGGAAAAGAUCAAGCAGUGAUAUCGAUAAUAAGCCCCUCACAAACACAGAAAAAUGCGAAAGUUUCUUCAACUUUUUCAAUCCUCCCCUUGUCCAGGAUGAGGAUGAUGAGGAUGAUGCACCUAUUGAAGAGAUCCAGAAGGAUUAUGAGUUAGGUUGUGUGAUUCGGGACCAAAUCAUUCCUCAGGCUGUGUCAUGGUUCAAGGGGGAGUGUACAGACGCAGAUUUUUUUGAUUUGUGA